ACAGCGGAGUGAUUAUAUAACACAGGAGUGUAAAUUGUAGGAAAAUGAAGCGGUAACGAAAGAGAGAGCGGGGAAAGAUGGAAGAAGAACUAGAGAGAGAACUGGGGAAGAGAGGUUUAAGCUAUUCAAAUCAAGCAGACAAAGGUCGUUGUCUUUUCUCCACCAGAGACUUCUCUCCAGGAGAGGUGAUUAUAAGUCAAGAACCAUAUGUGUCUGUACCAAAUAGAACUUCUGGGGAUUCAAGAUGUGACUGGUGUUUCAGCUCAAGUAACCUUAAGAGAUGCUCAUCCUGUCAAGUUGUUUGGUAUUGCGGAAGCAUAUGUCAGAAGUCAGAUUGGAAGUUGCAUCAACUUGAAUGUCAAGCUCUUUCAAGACUUGACAAAAAUAGAUUAAAAUCUCUCACACCUUCCAUACGUUUGAUGGUGAAACUUUUUAUACGAAAAAAGUUGCAGAGUGAGAAGAUAAUCCCAGCUACUUAUAUGGACAACUACAAACUGGUGGAGGCUUUGGUAUCUCAUAUGUCCAAAGUUGAUGAGAAACAACUAUUGUUAUACGCACAAAUGGCAAACCUUGUUAAUGUUAUUCUCCAGUGGCCUGAUAUCAGUAUAAAAGAGAUUGCAGAAAACUUUGCCAAGCUUGCAGCAAAUGCACAUACCAUCUGUGACAGUGAAUUAAGACCGCUUGGGACAGGACUAUACCCUGUCAUUUCGAUCAUUAACCACAGUUGCUUGCCCAACUCUGUUCUAGUGUUUGAGGGAAAGAUGGCAGUGGUCCGGGCUGUCCAACCUGUACCCAGAGGUAGCGAGGUAUUAAUAAGUUACAUAGAAACAGCAGGAAGCACCAUCACUCGACAAAAGACCCUCAAAGAACAGUAUUACUUCACUUGCACUUGUCCUCGUUGCAGCAACCUGGGCCAGUCUAAUGACAUCAAAGAGAGUUCAAUUCUGGAAGGUUAUAGAUGCAAGGAUGCUAAGUGCAAUGGUUUCUUGCUUCGUGAUUCUGAUAAUAAAGGGUUCAUAUGCCAGCAGUGUGGACUUGUAAGGGAGAGGGAAGAAUUAAAGAUAGUUUUGGGCGAAGUCAAAUCAACAACAGAAAAAGCAUCCAUGAUUUAUUCAUCUGGAAAUAGAGCUGAAGCCAGUGCUCUGUACAAGAUGAUUGAGAAACUUCAACUAAAUCUUUGCCAUCCAUUUUCACUCGAUCUGAUGCGUACCCGAGAAACUAUUUUAAAGAUAUCAAUGGAGCUUCAAGACUGGGAAGAAGCACUAGCUUACUGCAAAUUAACAAUUCCAGUUUAUGAGAGAGUAUACCCAGAACACCAUCCGUUGCUUGGAUUACAGUAUUAUACCUGCGGGAAACUUGAAUGGUUACUUGGAAACACUGAGGACGCCAUUAAGUCCUUGACCAAGGCAGUAAAAAUAUUGCGCAACACACAUGGGAAAAACAGUCCUUUUACAAAAGAACUCUUAUCCAAGUUGGAGGAAGCACAGGCUGAAGCUUCUUAUAAGCUAUCUUCUGUUGGUUACUAAUAUUGUUAAAAUCAAGGAAUCAACUAUGGUCGCUGUUGUGAACUAAGCCAACUAAGUGCUUGGUAAAGAUAUAAAAUACCAAUUUUUUUUAAUGGUUUAUGGAUGUCUACAAAGUUCUAUCAA